AUGUGUUUAACAUCUUGUGUUGGACAAUUAUUACAUGCAGAUGUACUAACAGAAUUCUUUGGCGGAAAUUCUAGACAUAAUGUAGAACAUAACGAAAAUCAAGUGUCAAAAGACGAAACUGCAACAACUAAAAAACCAACAUCGCAGGGGAUUAUACCAGACACAACACAGUAUUCAGAAAACUCAUCAAAGAAUAAUGCAAAUAUAACAAAAUCUACAACUCAACACAAGACGACGAGUACCUUACGACAAGCAGAAAUUGAUACAACGGAACAAACGACUCAAGAAUUGUUAAGUACCACACCAUCAUUAGCAAUAAUAAAUACCCAGCAAAUUCCACAUGUCUCAUCUCGAAAUUUAACUAAACAGACAGAGGAGGUAAUACAACCCCCAAUACAAUUUCAAAUGACUACACUAUCGAUGUCAACGAUUCAAAAUGAAAUAUGGAGGGUAACGUCCCAACAAACUAAUACUUUUCCUUUGACAUCACUGUUUCAAAUAACUAAAAGUUUGGCACCACUGGCAUUGUCUACAUCAUCAUUAACAACAACAGCAACAGCAACAACAACAAUAGAUAUGAGAGACAUGAAUGAAGCUUUCUGGAGUACUCCGCCACAUUCCAGUAAUGCAACAAAAAGCACGACUAGCAUACCAACACAUCAAAAGCAGAUAACAUUGUCAGUAACCCAAAGAACUAAUGACCUUGAAAUAAAAAAUAAUUCUAAUGUACACAGUGCUUAUCAAACAAUUGACGAUAAAUCUAAAUUAAAUGAUGUAUCUGGGAAUAAAGUGCUGGCUGCAAAAGAUUAUGAAAAGUGGCAAAAUCUUGAAAUACGUGGUUCUAGAGUCACUGUGAAAUCUCAUCGUGAUAGUGUGAGGGAUAUUGACAGAAACAGCCAUGAUAGGAAUGGUGAAAGUGAACGAAACAACAGAUACAAUGAAAAAACAUAUUAUAAUAAAAGAAAUGAAAGAGGUAGCCAUAACAAUCGUCAGAACAACGGACAUGAUAAUAACAAAAGGCAUUCUUUUAAAAGACAACAAAACUCAUACAGGGAAGCUAAUGGCAAUGACUGCAGACAAGCACAAGGACAUAGUAGGAAACACUAG